GAAGUAGUUUUUUCUUACCGAUGGAGCCACACAACAACAGCAAACACAGAUCAUGCUGAAAGAUCUGAGGAAGAGAGUGUUUAAUAUCAGUAAAGAUACGCUAAAGUGAGAGCUCUUUACGGUUGCAGGCUCUAGCUUUCCGCGUUUAAAUGAAGCAGGAGGACAGACUUCUGGUCCAGCAUCACUUCUGCUUCUUUACUUCACACACAGACUGACAGGCUGUAAGUUCAUUUCAGUUCAAGCAUGGUUCACAGUAAAGAGGCUGAAUCUGAGCCUGGACUCUACGGUUUGACCAGAACAGCGUUUUCACUGCUGACUCACUUCAUCUGCUUCAGCUUCACUCUGUUCGUCGCUUUUCUGUCUAAACCCGGGACAAGUUGGUUUUCAUGGCAUCCCUUCUUGAUGACUCUAGCUUUCUCCUUCUUCAUGACAGAAGCCAUCCUCCUCUUCUCACCUCAUGCCUCCCCCAUCAGAAAGCUGCCACACAAGACCAAAGGUCGUGUUCACUGGGUCCUGCAGUGUCUCUGUGUGUCCUGUGCAGUCCUGGGCCUGGCUGCCAUCUCCUACAACAAACACCUGAACGGUAAACCCCACUUCACCUCGUGGCACAGCCUCCUGGGCCUGGUCACCGUCUGCGUGACGGCGACGCAGUCUUUGGCAGCUGUGCCUCUCAUUUACCAUUCUCUAGCCAAAGGCUGGUCCCUCGCCAAACUCAAACGCUACCACGCAGCAUCUGGACUCAUCACCUAUCUGCUUGGCAGCGGCAGCCUGCUGCUCGGCCUCUUCUCCGCCUGGUUCACUGCGUCUGUCAGGGAAUACACCUGGUACCUGUCAGCGCUCUGCCCCGCUCUCAGCGCUCUCAUCAUAAUGAACCAAGUCUCCAGCGCUUACAUUGCCAAAAAACGGCUACAGUCCUGACAGAGGACAUGAGACGGACACAAGAACUGAUACUUGAGCAAGGUUUCCUAAAGAGAGUUCACUUUUUGUGACUGAUUUUUAUUUAAGUCUGAUUUCUGCAGCUGCACACUUCUCUGGGUAAUGAAAUUCUUCCCAUCUUUCCUCAUACUAGUGGUUCUCAAACUUUUUUUCCCAGCAUGCCUUUCUUCAGAAGUUUAGAAACAAUUCAUGACCAACACAUGCCACAGCUUCUAUCCAUCAAUCACAGCCACAGGAGAAGCAACUUAUCAGGAUCAAAGUUGUAUUUUGGUGACAUAAAGGUCAGCACGAUGCCCUCAAUAAAGUCUUUUUUGUUUUCCAUAUAUAAUUAUCCAUCCAUUUCCUCCUUCAGCGGCUCUAUGACCCCCAAGGGGCCUCCUGACCCGACUUUGAGAACCACUGUUAUAUCCAGUACUGUCACUGAUUUUUUUUCUGGGAAUCUGGGGUGGGAUUAAUGACUUUCAGACAAUUACACAAAUACUCUACCUGCCUGUGAGUGGUAUUUGAUUGUUCUAGCCAUGUUAGCUUUUGUUUCUCACUAAAAAAUCAGCAAAAUUAAGGACUUUCCCAUCAGCCUGAUUUCUGCAUCAUGCUUAACUGAAAUGAUGAACAUGGAAAACACAACAAUCCAGCCUCAUCAUGUACAUGUUUGCCUGCUUGGAUGGUAUUAAACUUUUUUUUUUUUUUUUUACACACUGCUGGUCAUAAGACUCAAACUUUUAGACUAAACUGCUCAAAACAGGUCUGGUUUUAAGCAAACAACAGAUAACUUAAAUAAAAUGUAAUCAAUGGUUUCAAUGUUCUUCGGUGGGAUCACAAUCUAAGUACUGUUAAGACAGGCCAUGAUGAAAGCCAUGAUGUGAUAUAAAGCAAUUCCAAAAGUAUUUUUCAUCUGUUUGCAUUUUUGGAUUCAUGACCCCAGUUUUUUAGAAAAUCCUGACUGUAGUCCUCAAUAUAUAUUAACUUGUGUUGAUUUUUUUUGUAUCUCGGGUCACUGAUUUUCUUGCCUUUUUGCCUUUUGAUGCUGCUUUCAAUGAUUAAUUUCACCACAGCUGAAUAAAUCAUGCCACACUUAACACGUUUUCUGGAAUAAAAUCAUUUGCAAAAGA